AUGUCUCUCCCAAGCACAUACACCUCCAUCCACCUCGCCACCCGCCCCAAAGACCACAUCACACCCUCCACCUUCAAACCCCAAUCAAACUCCACCCCCUCCCCCUCAGAGCUGCAAGAUGGCCAAGUCCUCUACCGCGCAAACUACCUCUCCCUCGACCCCGCCAUGCGCGGCUGGCUAAACGACACACGCUCCUACAUCCCACCCGUCAAAAUCGGCGCCGUCAUGCGUGGAAACGGCGUCGGCACCAUCCUCGCUUCCAAGAAUCCCAACUACGCCGUCGGCGAGACUGUCGAAGCCAUGUCAGGCUGGUCUGAGCUCGCGGUUCUGGGGGAGAAGGAACUGACUAAGUUAUCUUUACCCUCGAAUGGGAGGAUGACGGAUGCGUUGGGAGUUCUGGGAAUGACGGGGUUAACGGCUUAUUUCGGGAUUCUGGAUGUGGGAAAAGUGCAGAAGGGAGAUUUCGUCGUUGUCUCUGGGGCGGCGGGGGCGACGGGGAGUGUCGUGGGCCAGAUUGCGAAGUUGAAAGGGGCCACAGUUCUGGGUAUCGCAGGCUCAGACAGUAAAUGCGACUGGCUCAUCAAGGAGCUCGGCUUCGACAACGCAUUGAACUACAAGUCCGCCACAUUCGCCAAAGACUUCCGCGCCGCAACCAAACAAUUGAUCGACGUCUUCUUCGACAACGUCGGUGGCGAGAUCCUCGACCUGGCCCUAUCACGCGCAAAACCCCAUUCCCGCUUCGUCAUGUGCGGCGGUAUCUCCCAGUACAACACCAAGAACGCCCAAGGCCCCAAGAACUACCUAAUGAUUGUAUCCAUGAGGAUUAGGAUGCAGGGGUUCGUAGUGUUUGAUUAUGAGAAGCAGUAUGAGCGUGCGAGGAGGGAGCUGGCGCAGUGGCUUGGGGAGGGGAAGAUUAAGAGGCAGGAGACGGUGGUGAAGGGUGGGAUCGAGAAGAUGCCGGAGGCGUUGAGGGCGUUGUUUGAUGGGGAGAAUACGGGGAAGUUGAUGGUUGAGGUGAAGAAGCCGGAGGAGGGGGAGGUGAGGUCGAAGUUGUAG